UGUAUGUAUCACAUUUGGUUACUACCAUCCACCCAUCAAUACGGCAAGAAAAGACUCCAAAUUUUACAAAAAGUUAAAAAUGAAAGACUGGUGCAUUGUGCAGUUCAACACUGGUGCUACGGAAAUUGUCCCUAGUACAUGGUUAAAUGGGAAGAAAUUGUCAUGGCCUCCAUAUCCUCCGCGAGACACAUUUAGGAUCCACGCCGCAGUAAAGAGGAGAGUUCAUCCUGGUGCAACAUGGCUCACCUAUUCACCAGUCCGGCUUCUCAUAAGCCAUGACACAUUUGAAGAAGCCGAACGCAGUCUCCAGAAAUAUCUCAGUGAACACUGUGAUACAUCUGACCUUCAGUCCGAAGCUGAAAGUCAGACCACUCCUAAAAGAAAGCACAAAACAAAUCCCCUGUACACGUAUAGUGACUCAGAGGAUGAGCAGCCCACAAAAAAAAGGUUUCCCCAGGCCCCUCGAGUGAAAAUACCAGCCCUCAACGCUUCGCAGUCUUCCCCCCAGCCCACUGACAGCAGACAUCAUAAUGCCCCUCCCAGCUUCCGGCACCUUUCGCCACUCCGGGAGAACAUUCCGAACGACACACCUUUACAAUCUCCCCAGCAUGCAGAGUCUGAUGUAGAGGCCUUCUCUAUAGAUGAUUCCAGAGACUCUGUGAGGCCACUAUUACAAGAUGCGACCGCACAAAAGUUUUUAACAAUGCUGUCAAACCUGACGAGAUCUGUCAACGAACUGCGUGAGGAGGUCAGAGCCAUCCGCAAUACCGGCUCAAAUGAAUCUGUAGAUGCUGGGGUACUCCCUUUGGAUUUGCCCUUAAACAGCAUUGAGGAGCUAAACCAUGCAGAGGCAGCUCUUACGUCGCAAGAGGCAAUUAAGGCAAUGGUGAGACGCUUUGCCUUGAUUGGAGGGACCACACUUGAGGUGCGAGUCCGCCGUGUAAUGGCUUAUGCCAUUACAAAUGAGCUGGCCUCACUACUAAACUGGGCAGGGAAAAAAACAAAGGACCACACGAAGCAAAAAAGGGCAUUUAAAGAUACUGCGCUGUGCAGAUGCAUAUUUGAUGGCCUGACGCAGCAGUUAGGGGCAAACUCGAUGUCAGAGUUUCUCUUUGCACAGGCAGUGCAGAAGUGGCUACGGUACGCCCCAGACCGUUUGGGUGGUGCAGGACGCACAUCAUCCGUCCCCAUCCCGGAGGAGCAGUAAAAACUACAAAGUUAUAUUAAAAUAUAAAUGUAAAAUAGAAAACUGUGUUUAAAUAAAGUAUUUAGCAAA